CACAGAGCGCGUGAAGAUGGAGCCCAGUGCAGCCGCCCGUUUCCACGACUCUGUGACACAGUUUAAAACCUACGAAGAUUACCUGGACUCCAAAGUGACGCCAACGGAUUUAUUUUACUUAAAAAGCAGGGAGUUGGCCCGUAAGCUGGUGGAGCACAGCCACAAGGGCACAGUCCUGAGCAGGGAGGAAUUUGAGGAGAAGAAAGCAGCUGCACAGGCUGCAGAGGCUGCAAAGAGCAACACUCUCUACAGCAGGAGCCGGCCAAUGACACUGGCAAGUGCAGGAAAAGAACUCAAAGAUAACUUCCUGAAAGCCCUGGCAGAGCGAGAGGAGGCCAACCGCAGUGGGAAAAUGACUUCGGUCAUUUUCAUAAGGGAUCAUAAUACUCUUGGACAGGAAGUAUCUGGCUAUAUAGACUACGCCCACAGACUCAAGACCCAAGAUUUUGAACCAUAUUUCAGCGGAAAGAAGAGACUCAUGCCAGGACGCUCGGAUUUAUGCUACUACAACUGGAAGACACAGGUGUCCACGUCCAACUCCAGCCCUAACUUCGAGGUGAUUUAUGACGACCCUAACGGCCUUCUCUUCAAGAACAAAAGGGACAAGAAGAUCCUUAAUGUGGACCCCUUGUCUGGUCCUGGUGAGGACUCCAUCAGGACAUUCCUACCGUCGGACUUCUACAUCCAUGUCGUCAUCUACGACCACAACAUCAGGACAGUCUGAGCUUCAGAGGCUGCUGCCGACACAUUCAUACAUAUGGCACAUAUUGGAGAGCACUGGAAGCCUCUAAUUUGACUGAGUUGCUGCAGUCAUUUACAAACUUUUGCCCUCAUAUCAUGCAUGCCAUCUGGGUGGAGGUGCCGCAGUGAACAAAAUGGCUUUAAACGGAGGAUUCCCAGAGGAAGAAGCGGACGGACUAGUGUGACAACUUCAGAUUUUGUGACGUUACCCUCCGAUAAAGCUGUUGAAUAAUUUUACUGUGAAGUUUCUUGGCUUUGAAUUCUUUUCUCCCACUCAGUGAAGACCCAGUUUGGCUCAGUUUAUUUGGCAUUUCCCGGAGGAAUGGAACCUGCUCGGGGACCCCGGGCUCGUCCCGUCGUUUGGCCUGGCAUGUUUUGGGCUGUUUGUCUAAACAAAUUAAAGGCGUAAGAGCUUUGAAAGAUGAUGGGGGUUGCUUUUAUGUCCUCCCCCAGGCUGCGGUAGCUCCAAUUGGACUGGAAGAAUGGGUAAUGGGCUUAAAGCAUUCCGCAUGUUCCCAGAUGCAAGGCACACUUUACAGGACAUCAAAGUGCUCUGUCAUUUACAUAUUAGUCAUUCACUAUGGCAUUUUUUAAUGGAAGGCAACACUACAAAUAACCUGCUUUAGGAAUUAUUUAGGAAGCACAGAAGACUUUUAGAAACGUUUGUCCCUUUCAACUACAUUUUCUUUUUUUUGCAUUUGUUGUUUGAACACAUGGUAGGAAUCAGCCCCACCACAAGUAACAUUAUCUAUGUCUAUAAGCUAACAAAUUACAGGGUCUUUGUUAUUUGUUUAGAAAUUAGUUUGUAGACUCUGCAGACACAUAUGGGGGGGGACACUUUUUCCAUUUGGUCACAAAGAAACAUCCUGCACAUGUACAAGCUCUGUGGAGGCAUUCAUGUGCAGUCCCCAACCAUAGAAUACUGUGUCCACUUUAUGCAUACAUGAACUUUUAACUCAGCAGUGAACAUUUUCCUCCAUUUCUUUAAUUGCUCCUAAAAUGCUGUCAAAUGAAAAUGUAAACUAAAGGAACAAAGUACAAAAAAAUCAGGUUUCUUAUAAAGCUGUCACUCACAAAAAUGGCAUAAAGAGCAACCAAAAUACUGUUUUUUUUAAAAAAGAAUAGUUUGACAUGUUUGGAGGGAAAUAUAUUUAUUUACUUUCUGAGAGUUAAGGCCCUUACACAUGGCGGGCUGGACGGAUACACAACACAAAAAUGCAAAAUACUCACCCGCAUAAUAACUGUAUAUUCCUGUGACAGUUGCAACAAGUCUGUCAUUAUUGUGACGUUAGGACGUGAUGUAGGUUCUGCACAACAUGAUUGGUUGAUGCCUUAACUCGAGGUCAGGAAAACCGACCUUGUUCCCCCAAAAACAUUAUGUUGAUUUUUUUGCUGUGUUUCGCUGCGUACUUGUGUUCUGUGUCAAAGUGUUCAUGAUAUCAAUCUCAAAUCAAAUGCACAAGGAUAAAAUAUAACCAGCAGUCAGCUUGGGGAGUAUCACCAUAUUACAGUACACCACAGUAAAAAAUAAAGACGCUCAUCUUUCUAUUAAUCUGUUGUUAGAGAGGCUGUAUUGAGGAUGUAUUGUAUGUAGUGCACACCA